GGAUCUCAAUUUGGAGAUAUUUUCCUUUCGUAGGCCACACAGCGGCUACCAGCGCUGGCCGGUGCUGGCCGCGCUAGUACUCGGCGAACCCGGCGAAGGGCUCGUCGAGUAAAUGAACCCACAGACACACUCCACUAAAUUUCUCGCCGGAUCUUCUCAAACGGAAAGAGGUCGAAGGAGAGAUAAACGGCGCGCGCGCAUUACCGACGCUUCCGGCGCGCGGUGCGCUCACAGACGCGCAGUCAGUCAGUCGCUGGGCGCGCGCGGACCGGCCAGCAUGCGAGUACAGCUAGUGCCCGCCGCACUGGCGCUGAUGGCGAGCGGCGCCGUGCUGUGGCCGCCGAGCCGCGCCUCGCUGCUGCCGCUCGACGCAGAGCACCUGCACGCCUCCGUCGGCGGGUACGCCGUCAUGAACUGCCAUCUCGACUUCCCCUUCGGACACGAAAUCCCCUAUCGACUCCAGUGGGACAAGGAUGUGAGUUCAUUCUUUACCCCUAUCGUUUGAUCGAACUUCUAGUCUUACCCAAUACCUAUCUACACGUUCAGAAAGUAAGCUAUAAAGACAAUUAAAAAGUAAAAACAGUCAACAAUCAACAUAAUAUUUUUUAUGUAAUGCCUAUUUCAAAUAAAUUUACCUAAUUAUACAAUUAGGAAAGACGCGUAUGUCGGUCCCGCUUAGUUCUCCCGGACCACAUGGACAGCGGGAGGCCUAAUUCGACGCAUUUAUUGAUAUUAUUAUUUUGCUACCGCCUUCGCGGUUACUCUUCGUUUCGCUGGACCGGUAGGCGAAGCUCACGGGUGUUCUUGGCCUGAGAGAAUUUGCUGCCAUUUGCCCUAGCAAGAGCAGUACUUCGUUGAAUUUCACGUCAUUACGGAUCCUCCCGAU